AGAUCAGCCAUUUUACCUCAUAGAAGGACUUCAUAGCUUCCUCUUAUGUUGAUAAGGAUUCUAACUUGUGUCCCACUAGUGAUUAAGAACAAUUAAGGACUAACAUUGUGAUAUUUUUACACUUCGCAUAACCAUGCCUCGGUUCUUUAAUAGUAAGAAACAUAAAAACGCAGGUAAUGAAAACGUAUCAGAUAAUCACAAUGUAGAUACGGCAAAUAAGAACAGCAGAGAUUCGCCCCACCCUAGCGAUGACACGACUGGAAACGAAGCCAAUGGUGGUGGAUCAAAGGCACCUAAAUCAAAUACAGAUCAACUACCUUCACAAGUCCCCAGACCUAAACUUGUUUUUCACUGCCAGCAAGCUCAUGGUAGCCCAACAGGAAUUAUUUCAGGAUUUACAAACGUUAAAGAACUGUACCAGAAAAUAGCAGAUUGCUAUGACAUACCUGUGUCAGAUAUUUUGUUUUGUACUCUCAACACACACAAGGUUGAUAUGACUCGGUUGUUGGGUGGUCAAAUUGGAUUAGAUGAUUUUAUUUUUGCUCAUGUCAAAGGUCAGCCAAAGGAGGUGGAAGUAACAAAAUCAGAAGAUGCUCUAGGGCUCACUAUUACAGAUAAUGGUGCAGGCUAUGCUUUUAUCAAACGUAUAAAGGAAGGUAGCAUAAUGGACAAAGUGCCUUUUAUAGCUGUUGGUGACCACAUAGAAAAAAUCAAUGGAGAAAGUUUAAUUGGGUGCCGUCAUUUUGAAGUUGCAAAAAAAUUAAAAGAAAUCGCAAAAGGAUCAGUUUUUACAAUACGAACUGUUGAACCUAUGAAGUCAGGAUUUUCAAAUAUUGGACCCUCAACUGGCAAAAAGGGCAGUGGUAAUCUAGGCUCAGGCAAACAAACGCUUCGACUGAGAUCCUCCGGACCAGCCACAGUAGAAAUUCCUGAUGAGGUUGUCACUGUGGCUACAGACAAAAUAAAUAAUUUGUUGGAGUCUUUUAUGGGCAUAAAUGAUACAGAAUUAGCUCAAACAAUCUGGGAGAUUGGCAAAAAGGCUAACAACCCAAGUGAUUUUGCAAUUGGUAUUGAUGAUUCAGAACUUCAAGUUUUUGGAUUUACAGAUGAUUUUGUUUUUGACCUCUGGGGGGCAAUUUCAGAUGCCAAGAGUGGUCGAUUAAAUCAAGUAUCUGCAGAUUUCAGUGAACAAUUUUAAUGUUUGCUGUCAUAUUUUUUUCAUGUUUAAACUCAUCUCAUGCGCUGUAAAAAAUGUUUCCCUAUCCAAUGUUUAUAUCAUCCUGUACAUCUCUACUAUACUCUAAUGGACCCAAAGAAAAACCAUACCAUAUCCACAUAUUGUUUCCAGUGAGUUGACAAACCAAGCUCUAGGGUCCAGACUUAAGCAUGACAUAUCCUGGUGAUACUUAGGUGCCAUUGUAAAGCACACAGUGAUAGUAAGGGAGUUAAAAUGUAGUUUUCUUCAAUGUUGUAUUUUAAUGACGAGAAAAGUAUAAACAUUUCUAUAUUUCCUUCACACAUUUAAUUCUGAUUAAGUGUACAAGGUGUUCUAAAUUAUAAGUUCCUUCUUUAAACAUGUUUCUGAAACUUUAUCUCUAAAAUAAUUUCUAAAGUUGUUGACUACUGAUACCAAUGAAUCUAAAUAAGAAACAUAUAUAUGAAUAAUAAUAGUGAUUGGGGAAAAUAUUUAAUUUCAUCUCACAAGGUAAAUACAAUUUUUAAAGUAGAUUUUAGUGGAUUGUAUAUAUAUUUAUAUGUAUAUAUAAAGUAGAUUUUUGUUUCUUGGAGCACUAAAUGCAACUAUAAGAAAAUCACUUGCAUCUUCAAAACAUCGAUUUCCUGUUUUUCUUGCUAAAGUAUUCUUUUCACAAUUGUUAUGACAAAAAAGUUAAUCCCAGGGUUGUAAUAAGAAACUUGCUUUAUUUUUGUUUUGUUGUGAAUCAGUUUUGUGUGACUUAAUGUGAUCUAUAGAUGGAUUUAUUUAUAUAUAUAUAUCAUAUAUAUCUUUGAUUUGAUCUCUUAAAAAGGUUUACACCAGAAAUAAAUUAUUUUAUCUAGAUUUUCCAAACCUGAGAUAAAUUAAAUUAUUAUUGACUAGAUUUUUCAAGAUUUAGUGUAUCAAAGAAAAAAGUAAACCAGCAAGUUAAGAAUUUUUAUCUCGUAUAUCUGUGAUCAUGUGAUUACACUGACCCAAAGUUGUGAAAAUAGAAAGUUUUCAUUUAUUAUAUUUCUUUCUUUACUAAAAUCUAGUUGCCUUAACUUUCUAAUUGUAUAGUUGUGCCUUUUUUAUGAAGCUUAAAAUUUAAAAAAUGUACAGUUUUGUUCAUAAGCUUUUUUAUGUUUAUGUGUUAGCUUUAUAGCUUAGGAAUAAAAACAGUUAAAAGCAAAAUAAUUGUCAUUUGACAUAAAGUAUUUUUUAAUUUACUAAACCACUCUUGUAUACUGUGUAACACUGGUGUUCAGUUUAAGCUGUAGACAUAUACUUUUUGAAUACAAAUUAAGGAAGUGUGCUUAUUUUAUUGUAUUUCUUAUACACAAAGUUUUAAAAUUUGCACAACUUUAAAAACUGUUUGAAAUGUAGUUAUAAAGACAGCUGACAAAAAUUGUAUGCAAAAUUCUGAGUUUAUGUAUAAAAUAAGAUUACUUUAGUGUGAAUUUAUUUUAACUUGGAAACUUUUAUUAAACUGUUAUUUAAAUUUUUUCAAUACAUUUAAAUAUGAUUUUUCAGUAAAACCUCCCCUUAUAUAAUUUAUAGUACCAUAGCAUAUUUAGACCAAUCCCCAUUGCCUGUUACAAUCAUUGUUUAUAUAGUUAAUUAUGCUUUACUGUUGCAUUAAUCUUUGAUAUAAAUAUUUAUAAACAACUGUCAGUGAUUACAUUCCACUUAAAUGUUGAUAUAUAUUUACAAAGUUUAUUUUAAAUUAAAUAUUUUUUAAUAAGAUUUCUUAUUUGUGAUCUAUACAAGUUUUACAAAAUUACACAUGUGGUUCAUCACCAUAACUUAUUUAUUGUUUUGGAGUGUUCAUAGAUUCCUAUUGUUUUUACAAUUAAAAUGUUUUUGGGGAAAAAAAAUAAUGUACACAAAUUGUUAAACAGAUUUUGUGUAUGUGGAGGUAUAGACUUUAGGUUAUUUUCCACAAAAUGACUUUUACUUAAACAUAGCUCAUAAUUAUUUUAUUCAAUUUUAGCUGAUAUAAAAAAUUAAUGGUUGUGAAAAUUUAGUCAAAAAGGGCACAAGUAAUCCAAAAUUCAUAUUGACAGGGUAUACUUUAUUUCUACUUCAGAAGUACAGGGUUUGUGUAUGUUUUUUUAGGUUGGUAAGUACCAAACACUUUCCUUUUACUUUUUGUGAAUAAAGACACAAGGCUUAUUUGAUAUUUCUUGUAGCCUUUAGCUAAACUUGUAAUCUAAAUUAGAUUGAUGCUUUUAUAUACAACCAUCAUGCAGCUGUACCUGACAUUCCCAUUUUGUGUACACACAGUAAACAACAAACAUUUGAUUGGCUCUGUUCUUUUUACAGAGAUAGUUAACAUUCCACCCACCUCUGUACAGUUUUAAAGUUGUGAGUUUUAUGGCCAGGUAGAGAAAGUUUAGUUUUAAAAUUUCCAAGUUUCUCAAUUUUUCUCCAUUGAAAAACUGCACUUACUUGAGCUUAGAAUUCACAUAAGUUGUUUCUAUCCUUAUAAAAAUAUUAAUUGAUAGGCUCUUUCUAUCUAAACAUUUGUAUUUUCAUAUCUUUUUAUCAAAUCCAAAUAUUGUCCUUAGUUUUAAUAUGAAUAUUGUGGCAUGUGUAAGGUUGUGACAACAAACACACAAAUGUACUUACAUGAUUUUUUGUUAAUGUCAUUUAAAACAGCUGAAAUACAUUUGCAGUUUUUGUUUAAAAAACACCCUUGUGGAUAAAAUACAGUUGUUAGUAAACUGGUUAUCUCAGCAUUAUUUAAAAAUAAAAAAAAAUCACAACCAAAUUUCUUAGUAUCACCAUUGAAAUAUUUUAUGUUGGAUUUUAGACAUAAAGUUGUAGUAAGAACUGGAUUACUCUCAUUUGUUUAAUAAAUUAGAUGUCUUCUUGGAUACACUUUUUUUUUGUUCUUUCUUGUAACCUUUUUGACAAGUAAUUCUUAUCAAGAAAAUAAAAAUUGGCAAGUAAA